UUUGAAAAUAAUGAACCGGAAAAGGUGUCGACGCAGAUUGUUGCUGUUGCUAAUCAAAUCUACGGCGAUUUCAGACGCCACAAAGCCCACUGGGUGACUACAAAGCAACUUUGCAAUUACGGACUCUGGCUGCUACUCUGUGAAAGUCCCAGCUUUAAGGGUGUGUGUCAGUGAGUGUGUGUAGCACCGUUUUGCAGAGUGAGUGAUGUCUUCAGAGCUGCUGGUAGAUUUGGGUGAAGACCCUGCGACUGCACAGUUAGGACAGCUGAAGCUGACCACGGUAGAGGACCAGCAGUGGCCCGCUGAUGAGUCUACUCUCAGCAAGUCAGAGACAGAUAUCUCCCAGCGCUUUGACGCUGGCUCUCCACACCUGCCCUGGGACCAUCCGUUCUAUGACAUCGCCAGGCAUCAGAUCAUUGAAGUGGCGGGUGAUGAUAACUUUGGAAGGAAGGUGAUAGUGUUUAAUGCAUGCAGAAUGCCUCCACAGCACCAACUGGACCAUCACAAGCUGCUGAUGUAUCUUAAAGGAACACUGGAUCAGUAUGUUGAAAGUGACUACACUCUGAUCUAUUUCCAUCAUGGGCUGACCAGUGAAAACAAACCCUCUCUCAGCUGGCUACGAGAUGCAUACAGGGAGUUUGACAGAAAGUAUAAGAAGAACAUCAAGGCUCUGUAUAUCGUCCAUCCAACCAUGUUCAUCAAGACUCUGCUGAUCCUCUUCAAACCAAUCAUCAGUUUUAAGUUUGGCAGGAAGAUUAACUAUGUGAGCUAUCUGAGUGAGCUGGAAGAUGUGGUGAAGUGUGAGCAGUUGCUAAUUCCUGCCCGUGUCAAAGAGUACGACAACAAGUUAAGAGCCUCUCUUAAACCAACCGUCCAGCCUUCCGUGUCUCCUCCUCACAGCCCCCCCCCCCACAGCCAGGUGUUUGGGGUGCCUCUUGCAUUGCUCAGGCAGAGGAAUCCGGAUGGUGAUCCAGUUCCCGUGGUGAUGAGAGACACCAUUAGCUUCCUUACCGAGCAAGGUUUGGAGAUUGAAGGGAUCUUCAGACGGUCUGCCAAUGUGACUCUGGUGAAGGAGGUCCAGCUCAGAUACAACUCAGGUGUGACAGUGAAUUUCAGAGAGAUGGAAGACGUCCACUUGGCUGCUGUGAUUCUGAAGACAUUCCUGAGGGAACUACCUGAGCCUCUGCUGACCUACCAGCUCUACAACGACAUUGUCAACUUCACUUCAGUAUCCAGUGACAGGCAGGUGGCACUUAUGAAGACACUGAUAGAGUCGCUGCCAGAAGAAAACUAUACAUCACUGCGACACCUCAUCACAUUCCUGGCAAAGGUAUCAGCCAACAAUGAAGUGAAUAAGAUGACCAACAGUAACCUGGCUGUGGUGUUUGGUCCUAACCUGCUCUGGGGACGGGACAACGCCAUGUCACUCAGCGCCAUUGGGCCAAUCAACAACUUCACUAGAGUCCUGCUAGACCACCAGCAUCUGGUCUUUACCUAAACCCUGCCCCUUCACCCUGCAGUCUCUCUUCCAGUCAGAAACACCUUUUCCAUUAAAACACCGUACACUUUAAAAGGA